AGGUGAAUUUGUAAACUCUGUUUAAGCUUCGUAUUUAAGUAGAAGUAUUUUUGACUUGUGAAAAAAUGGUUUUCCUUACAAGAGCUCUUCUUCUACGAACAUACAGCAAAGAUUUUAUCGACAAACUAAGAAUUUAUGUCCGGGGUGGAACUGGGGGUAAUGGACACCCAACACUAGGUGGAAUAGGAGGAAGGGGUGGAGAUGUUUACCUUGUCGGGGCAACAAAGUCCGAUAUGACCCUCAAAUCAAUGAAAGAUAAAUAUCCAGAGAAAAGAUUUGUGGCUGACACAGGGCAGAGUAGUAGAAAACAAGCACUUUCUGGUUUAAACGGUGCAAGUAUAUAUGUCCAAGUUCCGCAUGGAAUUUCUAUUGUAGAUGCUGCCAAUAACCAAGUGAUGGGUGAGAUCUCUGGCUCAUUAGACAAACUUCUUGUUGCACGUGGAGGCCGGGGUGGCACGAGGAGCACAGGGUUCAUACCAAGACCCGGUCAGCGUCGCAAUCUUUAUCUUGAUUUAAAACUUAUCGCUGAUGUUGGUUUUGUUGGAUUUCCAAAUGCUGGUAAAUCAACAUUAUUGUCAAGAAUUUCAAAAGCAAAACCAAAAAUUGCAAGUUAUCCUUUCACAACCAUCACCCCACAGAUUGGUGUUCUUGAAUAUCCUGAUUUCCGCAAAAUACAACUCGCUGAUUUACCUGGGUUGGUGGAAGGUGCUUACUUAAAUAAGGGCAGAGGUCAUUCUUUCUUGAAACAUAUCGAGCGAACAAAGUUGUUGUUGUUCGUUGUUGAUAUAUCAGGAUUUCAACUUUCAACAAAACAUCAAUUCCGAAACGCUUUUGAAACUGUUCAACUAUUAACACAGGAGUUAAGCUCGUAUGAUGGAACAUUAACCAACAAACCAUCAAUUCUUGCUGUGAAUAAAAUGGAUCUUCCAGCUGCUGAUGAUUUAUUUAAUAAGUUAAAGGAUGGACUUAAUACAAGGACAACAUCCAACUUUGGAAGCGAUUGUGAUGAAAUAAUGAAGUUUAAAGAUGUUAUUCCGAUAUCCGCUCACACAGGAGAGGGAACAGAAAAACUUUCGUCACGAAUACGAGAAAUUAUUGACAAUAGAAAGUUGAAGAUAAGAAAGAGAUUGACAGGUGGUGGAAAUGAAGGUGUGAGAAUCACAAACACUGAUUAUGAGUUGAAUUUGCAUUCUUUGCGGUGAUUUUUUAUUUUUGACACAACUUCACGAAAUACACGUUCUUUUACGCCGCAUUUGAAGAUUUGCCAUAAUUUAGAUAUAUUUAUAUUCUUUUUCGCAA